UGUACUUAUCCUCUCGGGAGGCGUCACGGAAACGACAGUGCACUUCACUCAAAGGUUCUGAUCAGAUCGGUAGCCCCGAAACCGGAGGAAGUGCUCCUCCGUUAAAAGUCCACUGUGUUACCGUGUUUCGUAAUCAGGGAGUUGCCGUUGAUUGUUGCCAGAUACGAUACCUGGAAUGCACUACCGCCAAAUGCGGGGGAUUUGAAAAAGCGUGUUCCACACUACACAAAUAGCGUCUGAAGAAGUGGAUUUCAGACUGUUUCAAUGAUACCAUCGUGAUUUUUGUUCCAUCUGUUCUCACACCUGCUCGCGUGCAGCAGUUCCAGGGUGAUCUGACUCGUCCCAAAUCGGGGAUAACCCACUAGAGACAGUUAGGAAAUGCAUGUUUACUCCCUUACGGUAGUGAAUUUAACUACCGCUGAGCCCUAACACUGUUAUUCCGAGCUUGAUAGUUGCCUUUUGCUUUCGGCAACAAAAUGAAAGCGACGAAGAAUUUAUUCUCACCGAUGCUCCCGGUUUUGACAAUCUUCAUCCUGGUCUUCGCCAGUUCCAUCCAUGGCCAACCACCGUUCACUCGCUCGUUCUCGAGAGGCUCCAUAACCGUUAUGGAAAAUGGUAAGGAGCCUCGAACCACGGAGAUGCCCCCUGAGAUGCUGCAACAGAUAUUCAGCAAUCUCAGGGCACCUGGAAGGGGAAUAACACAUCCCCUCUUGAACGGCCAGGGUAUGCCAGGGCUAUCGAGGAGCAACUCUGGCUAUAGGACGCCACUAUCGCCUUCAAGAUCCUACUCCGGCCACAGAAUGGCGAGCCCGGUGCAGAGUCCAAUGUCGAGCCCGUACCGCAGACCUCCGGGGUCACCCCAAGGUGGACGUCAAUCCCCGCGGCGGUGGCACUCCCAACCCCAGUCGUUCCAACACUCCCCUUCCUUCCGGUCCCAGUCCUUCCGGCCCGGCUGGUCUCCCUCGGUCCCUCGCCAGAGUUCCCCGUCGCAGCCUCAACAUCCUGCUCAAAUGGCGAGGCGAGUUAUACAGCUCGUGAACGCGGAACGCGCAGCAAACGGACUGCAACCUUUGGCAGAGAACCAAAAGCUCGACAUGCUGGCCACUACCAAAUCGAGGGAUAUGCGCGACAAUGGCCUCAAGUCGCCCGCUGUGAGAAAUUCUCAAGAUAUGAUGACGGAAGUCGGGAUAAGGUGGCUGUCGACGGGUGAGAACAUGGCGGCCGGGCCGCGAACUCCGGAGCAAGUCAUGAAUUUGUGGAUGAACAGCCCCGGAAACCGGGAGCAUAUCUUGAACCCCAAAUUCGCGGAGAUCGGGGUCGGCUACGUGGAAGGAGACCCGAGUGGCCCCUACUGGACGCAGAUGCUCCUCCGUCAGGCGACGAGUAUAAAUCCUGCUGAAUGCAGAAGGAGAGUGGUAGAACUUGUGAACAUAGAACGCCGAAAGGCAGGACUGGCCCCUUUGAAGGAGAACCGAACAGUCAGCAAGCUGGCCACUAUGAAAUCGGCGGAUAUGCGCGACCUGGACUACGUCGAGCACGAGUCGCCUACGUAUGGAGGUGUUUCGAAAAUGAUGACGACCUACGGGGUAAAUUGGCAGGGGGCGGGUGAGAACAUCGCCGCGGGUCAGGACACGCCGGAGGAGGUCAUGGACGGGUGGAUGAACAGUCCUGGGCAUCGGAAGAAUAUCAUGAGCCCCCUUUUCACGGAAAUUGGCGUUGGCUACGAAGAAGGGGGCAGGCUGCAUAAAUACUGGACGCAGAUGUUCCUCAAACCGAUGCGGCGUUGAGGCCGGGCGUUAGGCAGUAAUUCGUAUAACAAUAGAAAAAAUGGGCGAACUAACUCUUUCCUUCCUUAAGGGGACGUCCUUAGAUCGAAUCGGCCAGUUACAAAGAGGCUCAAGCCAGAUAUAAAAAUACGAAAAAACCCCAGUACAAACCGUAUUAACCAUAAGCUCGACCCGUUUUAAAUUGCUCGACCCGUAACCAUAAACCCGUUUUAAAUUGCAGGUUGAUUAAAAAUGCGAUUAAUUAAUUCAUCGCUUUAUUAUUUUAGAGCUCUGAGAUUUCUAAGGGGUCAAUUAAAACGGUUAUUACAAUCGGCCAGUUACAAAGGGUGCCAGAUAUAAAAAUACGAAAAAAAAACCCAGUAAAAACCACAUUAACCAACCCGUUUUAAAUUGCAGGUUAAUUAAAAAUGCGAAUAAUGCUAACUGGCUUCAAUAUUUUAGAGCUCUGAGAUUUCUAGGGGUCAAUUAAAACGGUUGUAACCAUUUUUCUCGAAUUCUCAUUUUUGACGCUUGAGCCCUUUUGUAACCAACUGAAUAAAUUGCGUAAUGUUCUGGAAAAAGGGUCUAUCGUGAACUUCAAGAGCAGUUUGAUGUAAUGAUCUAGAAGGAGCGCGUGAGGAUUGUGUAACGUAAAGAGAAAUUGUUGAAAAAAAAAAUAAAAAUAAAAAUAAAUAAAGAAAUUGCUAUAAAUUU